CAGCUAAUGAAGAUAGAAAUAUGCAUCGCUCCAGGAUGCUGCCGUCUGUGCGGUUUUUUUCCCGCAGCACUUGAAAGCAGCAUUCAUCAUCGUAUUGCAUCACGCGAAAGAGACGAGCCCGUUUCUGCGCCAAUGAAACGACCGGAUACAGAAUUCACCGUAUUCAACGGUUAUGCGUUUUUUUUAAUUUUGAUAUAUUGUCGCGUUCGCGGCCCGACACUGCGGGGGCGGGCUAGCGGAAUGAUGAGGACACAGAGUGGCUGACGUUUAACCGGAGAACCGGGCUUCAUUACCCUCUGAAACAGGCUAACCCGGGGUUGGACGAGUGUCCAAAAUAACAAAGGGUGAUAGCCGAACGCUAGCUGGCUCGCUACUGUGGCUAAUCGACAGGCGUCUUUUUCAACACUCUUCCCUGAACCCCCCUCUUCCGUCUCCCGCCUCCGCUUACUUCCGCUGUUCCCGCCCCAUCGGGCUGAGCUAGGGCACCCCCCCCCCCCACACACACACACACACAACUCCCCAUCAAGCCCCCCCAUAGUCCGGCUGGGUCGCUACAAUAUAUAUAUAUAGCUAUAUAUAUAGAUAUAUAUCUUUGUGUAUAAUGUAAUGUUACCGGUGUGUUGCGUUUCAUUUGCGUGAGUCGAACGUGAGGAAGAACUCCUCGCAACGUGGUUGUUGACGACACUCUCCGAACCGCGACUCCACGUGCUCGUCUCACCCUGUGGACGGACCGGAGAACAGACAACAGUGGCAGUCUCUGUCCAUUGUCUGUGGUUUCUGCCGUUUCCGCUGCUCCUUGGUUCUCCACAUCGUCCGCUCUUACGAUGGAGAAGCAGCCCCUGCCAACUGAAGAUGACAUGACAGGAACCACAGAGUCCGAGGUCAAUGGCCACGCCGGUGAGGAGGGCGAGCAGGCCUCAGAGCCCCCAGGCCGAGUGGGGUGGAACAGUAAAAUAGAGUACUUUCUGGCUCAGGUGGGAUUCAGUGUCGGGCUCGGCAACGUCUGGAGGUUUCCAUAUCUGUGCCAUCAGAACGGAGGAGGAGCCUUUCUCCUGCUGUACGUGCUGCUGAUGCUGGUUGUGGGCAUUCCUCUGUUAUUCCUGGAGCUGGCAGCUGGUCAGGCCAUCCGACAGGGCAGCAUCGGAGUGUGGAAGUACAUUUCCCCCAGACUUGCAGGGAUUGGCUACUCAAGCUGUGUGGUUUGCUUCUUUGUGGCUCUCUACUACAAUGUGAUCCUUGCAUGGAGUCUUUUCUAUCUUGGGAACUCGUUCCAGCAAUCUUUACCGUGGAGCCAGUGUCCAGAACAGGGGAAUGUAACAGUAAAAGAAUGUGAGAAGAGCUCCCCAACAUCAUAUUUCUGGUACCGCAAAGCCUUGGAUAUCACAGACUCAAUCAGUGACACAGGCUCUUUCAACCCUUACAUCACUUGCUGCCUUCUGGUGGCCUGGACCAUUGUGUGCCUGGGAAUGUUCAAGGGCAUCAAGACCUCCGUGAAGGUGAUGUAUUUCUCCUCCAUCUUCCCCUACCUGGUUCUGUUCUGCUUCCUUGUCCGAGGACUCCUGCUGGAUGGAGCCGUAGAUGGAAUCUCCUACAUGUUCUAUCCCAAGCUGGAAAUUUGGGGUGACGUGCAGGUGUGGCGGCAGGCAGCCACACAGGUUUUCUUUGCCCUGGGUCUUGGCUUCGGAUCAAUUAUCGCCUACUCCUCCUAUAAUCCAAGGAAUAACAACUGCCACCGUGAUGCCUUCACAGUCUCUGCUAUAAACUUCCUAACAUCUGUGCUGGCCACUCUGGUGGUGUUUGCUGUGCUCGGCUUUCGUGCCAAAGGCAAAGUUGUGGAAUGUGUUGUCAGUAAUAUGAGGGAGCUUUCAGAACAGAUUCACAACGGUCAUGUGGACGUAAACCGGAUGCCAAGCUUCGACUACUCUGCUCCAAGCUCUGUGCAUCUGGAGGAUUACAGGGCCUGGUUUAAACAGCAUGGAAAUAACAUCACUGGCAAUUUAACAGACUGUGACCUGGAAAAAGAGAUGCAGAAGGGCGUGGAGGGCACAGGCCUGGCUUUUAUUGCCUUCACUGAGGCAAUGUCUCUUCUGCCGGGCAGCCCGUUCUGGUCAGCGCUCUUCUUCCUCAUGCUGCUCAACUUGGGGCUCAGCACGAUGUUUGGCACUAUGGAAGGCAUCCUCGCCCCCCUCACCGACCGCUUCAAAACUCUGGCCAACAACAAGACCAAAUUUACAAUUUUCAGCUGCAUCAUAGGCUUUCUGAUUGGCCUGCUCUUCACCCAGCGCUGUGGGAGCUACUUUGUGACGAUGUUUGAUGAUUACUCUGCCACUCUGCCCCUAAUUAUUGUGGUGGUGUUUGAGACCUUCAGUGUGUCUUGGUUAUAUGGAGCAGAUAGGUUCCUCGACGACAUUGAGGCAAUGCUGGGCUGGCGUCCCAGUAUUAUUUACAAAUACCUGUGGAAAUACAUUUCUCUGCUUGCUAUGCUGGGUUUGCUGGGAGCCACAGGCAUUCGCAUGUUCAUCACACGACCCACUUAUAUGGCAUGGAACCAAGAGAAGGCCACUGAGGAGCACCUGCCGUACCCUGGCUGGGCUCUGGCAGUUAUGGCUUUACUCAUCAUAUUUGCCAUGAUGCCCGUCCCAGUGGCCUUGAUCCACGCUGUUCUGCAGGAGAGGACAAAGCGGACAUCCAGAGAUGCAGAAACUGGUCAGUACAGCAUUGUUAGCACUGAUGACAAGUGUGAGACUCCAAUGACGGAACUGGACCAAAGGAAUCGGACCUCUGCUUCCUUUACCUAAACAUUGAACUUGUGAUGUUACACUGUGGGAAAUGACCUGCAGCACUCAGUCAAAAAUUCAGUGGGCCUUUUUGAAGGACAGUUUAAUUGCAUCUCUCUCUUUAGUGCAAAAAUGGCACAGAGAGAAAUUGCAGUGUGUAAUAAAAUGUUCCUUGUUUUCAUAUUUAAAUUUUUUUUAAAUACUUUUAUGAAGUCAACAUGUGACCAAAAGAUAUUUUUUUAUUCACUACUGUUCCAACUUGUUAAAACUGUUUUUUUUGACAGGAUUCCCACUUCUCACAGUGAACUUAUCUUAUCUGCUGAAAUCCAAUAGGUCAUUUUUAUUAACUAUGCAUUUUAAUUUUAACAACUGUUGUCUUCCUAUAUGUAAAAGAUGUUGGAUAUAGAUGUCAUAUACAUUUCCAUCAUUCUGUCGUGUACCUUGUCUGUGAUCGACAGUAGCAGCGAACUAUCAUCGGUACUGCAGUGUUGUAAACAUUUUUUUUUCUGGGAAAAAAAGUGACAGAAUACUACGAACAAUGAGGGGAAACUCAUAUUUGUGAUAUAAUGUAUAAUGUACAAUCAAGUUCUUCAACUUUUCAUGAACAUAUUUAGAAAAUGUGUGGGACUAUUUGUAAAUCAAAUUUGCAUGAACAUGUGUUUUAUUUUUGUUUGUGUUAAAAAGAAAUCUAAUUGGAUGUUUAUUUCAAGCGGCCAUGCACCAGACAAAGUUAUUGUUCUAUACUUUAGAUGUAACUUCAACUGUAUAUCAUGAAUUUUAGGUGUUUUGGAAUGUGGACUAUUUUGGAACUAUUUUAAGACUUGAUCACCUUUGCCUUGCCUGUUUUUGGUAGCCAUUUUUCUGAAGAUAAAAGUUUGUAAUUAUCAGAGGGUUUUGGUGAAAAUGAGUUGACCAUAUGAACUUCAAUGCUGUUGAAUGUAUCUCUAUCCAGUGCCUUUACAUUCAAUGAGGCUGACUGAAUUUUUUUUUACAACAUUCCAGCAUUUGGUACAGUUUCACUGUUCAAUUGUAUAUGUAGUUAGUUUGUAUAAAAUGAUCUUUUGAGAAAAUGUAAUAUAAUUCCACUGCCAUUGUGUAUAUUGUCAUUUUUAAAUUAAAAACCAACAGCAUUUGAAAUGUUGCUGGACUUGAAAUUUAAA